AUGAAGACCCAAACAAUUCUUUCAAUUCUUUUGGCUACGGCCCAUCUCGCUGCUGCUCAAGGAGGACCAAUCCGUGGACCUGGGGGCACCGAUGUUGGAAACAACGGCCCUCAAGGUGGAAACAACGGCCCUCAAGGUGGAAACAACGGUCCCCAAGGUGGAAACAACGGUCCUCAAGGUGGAAACAACGGUGCUCAAGGUGGAUGGAGCCCACCACCAUCAAAAGAGACUACAAUCUCCGAGGCUUACGGAUCAUCAAACUCCGGAGCAAAUCAGCAAGCAGUUUGCGAAUGUUACCCAGAUGAUGGCACUAACGCACCAUCUUUGACUGCUGCUAUCAGUCAGGAACAAGGUGCCAACUCAGACAGUGGUACAUCAUUCACCCAUAUCGUAGACACCACUCCUCCUAAGAAACCAUGGAAGCGACAACGUGGUGGAGACGACGACGAAGAGGAAGGUCCUGAGGCACAGAACGCCGCCGGAGGAUGGAAGCCAAAGCCAAAGCCAACCAAGCCAGAAGAAGCCGCUGCAUCAGCAUCUGUUGAUGCCACUCAAGUCGGUAUCAACGCUGCUGGGGGUGCUGGCUCUGCUGCAGGCCCAUGGGGAGCUGUCUCCUAUGCUGGCCCCGCAAUUGGUGCCAACUAUCAAGACAUCGAUGGAAACUGUGUGUGUCCACCAGGUCAAUCUCCCCACAAGCCAAAGCCAAAGGGGGAUGCUCCCGCAGAGCAAGGUGGUGCAACUAGUCCAUCGGGAGGAAAGCCUGAUGGCGGAAAGCCUGAUGGAGGAAAGCCUGAUGGAGGAAAGCCUGAUGGAGGAAAGCCUGAUGGAGGAAAGCCUGAUGGAAACGGAAAUGAGAGCGGAAACGGAAAUGGCAAUGCCAACGGUAACCUCAAUGGAAACGCCAACCUCAAUGCCAAUGAGAACCAGAACUUGAAUGCCAACAUCAACAAGAACGAGAAUGUUAACAUCAAUGGCAACGCUAAUGAAAACAUCAACAAGAACUUGGGACUCAACUUCGGCAGCAACAGCAAUGGAUGGGGAUCAUGGUUCGGAAGCAAGGCCGCUGCGGUCGCUGCUGACCCCGCCGCCUCCGGCACUCCAGUCGCCGCCAGCGAUGCCUCCGGCAUUGUUGGUGCCACUGAUGAGUCGUUCGUCCCAGAAGUCUCCACCGGAGACGCUUCCGGUGUUGAGCAAUUCACCGGUGCUGGAUCCAGCAUUACCAUCUCCGCGUGGGGAUUCCUUGCUGCCGUCUUCGCCAUUGCCAACGUCUUGUAG